UUAUUUUCAAAUAUUUUAUGAUAUUUUUCUAUUUAUUUUUUCUACUUAUUUGCUAAAUAUAACUCCAAAAACAUUGGAAUAAAAAUACAAUAUUCCUUCUUUAAGACAAUCUUUACCUAAAACAGUGCGACACAUGUGAAUCCGCCAUUGCUUACAACUCAAGCACAAAUAGACGCCACGUCACUAUUCCCUCUCUCUCUCUCUCUUAGUCAACGCCGCCGCACGCCGCCGAGCUCAGCCGCGAGAUCCGCCGAUGGAAGCAACAAAUUGAUGAAAAUGAAGAUGCUGAGAGAGAUGAGAUCGGGUACGGUGACCCUUAUUCUAGUCAACUUAGCAGGAAUAAUGGAAAGGGCCGACGAAUCUCUGCUGCCGGGCGUGUACAAAGAAGUCGGGGCGGCGCUGCACGCGAGCCCCACGCGCCUCGGCUCCCUCACUCUCUUCAGAUCUAUUGUCCAGUCUUCGUGCUACCCACUCGCGGCCUAUCUCUCCGUCCGCCACAACCGCACCCACGUCAUCGCCCUCGGCGCCCUUCUCUGGGCCGCCGCCACUUUCCUCGUCGCCAUUUCCUCCACUUUCACCGAGGUGGCAAUAUCAAGGGGUCUGAAUGGAAUUGGACUAGCCAUUGUGACACCAGCAAUUCAAUCCCUAGUUGCCGACUCAACCGACGACAGUAACCGAGGCACUGCUUUCGGUUGGCUACAGUUGACCGGAAACCUAGGGUCAAUCAUCGGCGGACUAAUCUCCGUCCUAAUAGCCUCCACCACAUUCAUGGGAAUCCCCGGUUGGAGAAUCGCUUUCCACAUAGUCGGAUUAUUAAGCGUCAUAAUCGGCAUUUUGGUCCGUCUAUUCGCAAACGACCCCCGUUUCGUCGAUAGCGACGGCCAGAAAAGGGAACAACCUCCGCACAAACCGUUGAAAGAGGAAGUGAAGGGUUUAAUUAAAGAGGCGAAAGCGGUUAUAAAAAUCCCUUCUUUUCAAAUACUCGUGGCGCAAGGAGUUUCUGGAUCUUUCCCUUGGUCUUCGCUCUCGUUCGCCCCCAUGUGGCUCGAGCUUAUGGGAUUCUCGCACGAGAAAACGGCGGUGAUCUGGACGAUGUUUAAUGUCGCAGGGUCCAUCGGGGGACUUUUUGGCGGGAAAAUGGGGGAUGUUCUUGCCAAACGGUUCCCGAAUGGCGGGAGGAUUAUUUUAUCGCAGAUAAGCUCGGGUUCGGCUAUUCCUUUGGCGGCGAUUUUGAUGCUCGGAUUGCCCGACGAUCCUUCGAGUGCUGCAGUGCACGGUUUUGUGUUUUUUGUUAUGGGGUUCUUCAUCUCUUGGAAUGCUCCUGCAACUAACAAUCCGAUAUUCGCGGAAAUAGUCCCGGAGAGAGCUCGAACGAGCAUCUACGCGUUGGAUAGGUCAUUCGAGUCGAUACUAUCUUCGUUCGCUCCGCCAAUAGUCGGAAUAUUAGCCCAACACGUGUACGGAUACAAACCCCUCCAAAAGGGAUCGACAGACUCGAAAAAAAUCGAAACCGAUAGAGAAAACGCCGCGUCUCUCGGUAAAGCGCUAUACACCGCAAUAGGCAUACCUAUGGCUAUUUGUUGCGGUUUCUACUCGUUUCUCUAUUGCACGUACCCGAGGGAUAGAGAUCGAGCGAGGAUGGACGCUCUUAUAGCGUCGGAAAUGGAGAUGAUUGAUACGGAAGAGGAAAGUCAUCUUCGGGUAUCGGAGUAUUUGGAUCGUGGGAAAGAGAUUAGUAUUAGUGAGGUAAUUGAUGUGGAUUAUGAAGGAGACUAUGAUUAUAAUGGUGGGAACUUGGAGUUUGAUGAAAACGACGAGGAGAAGCUUUUGUCUCGUGAUCUUACAUCCUCGGACGUCGACAAAUCGUAGUUUCGAUCUGAUUCGAGACCUGUUUAGAAACUCCAUUGAUGGUGGUCUUAUUUUUGUAAACAUACAAUGAUAUAUUACUCUAUUAAAAUCACACGAACAAUAUAUAUUACAUUAUAAAUAUUCACUUUUUUUUUUUGUUUC